AUGCAGUUCAAUUCAACUAUUGCAACAGAUCGGAUGCAUGUUUUGGUGGAGAGCAAGUUGAGGAAUGAGAUUGCGCGCAAGGAUCGCGAUUUACGGAGAAUGCUUGGCCAUUUUGAUAUGCUGGAGCGGGUCAACAGUCAGAAACACAUGCACUUGGCUGUACACUCGAAUCAUGACAGCGGAAACAGACUACCACAGUCUGCACACUUUGAAACAAGCAGCCUUCACGUCGAAGAUGCUGCGCUCAUUGAGCACGAAGAACGCCCACGCCAUGAGGAGUGGCCGAAGUACGACAAGGACAUGGUCGUGAUCGAAAGUGUCGAGGUCGACGGCGACGAGGACUUGGCUACUUCAGACGAUGGCAGCAAUUCAGACGAGGACGAGUUGCCUGACUACGACGAUGUGUCUGGAAGCGACUUGGUGCGCAUACAAGACGAAAAUCAUCACUCGCCACCGUCGUUGGUUGAGGAUGCGCUCAAUGAUCUGAACAAGUUGGCACUGCAACCAAGCUUUGAAGAAAAUACCUAUGAAGUGUCGGAAGAUGAUUGA